AUGAAGCUAGCCAUGACCAUCAUCCGCGAACUCGGCUACGCCCAGUCCCUGAGCCUGGAGCCAGACAAGCUGGGCAGCCAAUGGGUUCUCAUGAAUCCAGCCCCGGAAGACUCGUAUCGCGGUGCUUUCACAAGCGACACCAUCAAACCUGAAACGAUCGGCGGGACUUGGUAUCCCUCACCACCAUCGAAGUCAUUGCCACCAUUCAUCGACAUCGACAAUGAUCAAGAGCAAGAAGUAGAUGACGAGAAGAGCCUAGUCAUCUUAUCAUUCCACGGCAGCGCAUUCCUAUGGCUAACUGGCCGGCCCGAUGACUCCGGCUUCACAGCCGACCUGCUCAACGAGAAGCUGGGUACAGGCACCCGGUCGCUAUGGGUGCAGUACCGGCUAGCAGGUGGCAACAAUCCCACCCCAUACCCGGGGCCCAUGCAAGACGCCGUGACCUCAUAUCUCUAUCUCGUUCGAGAACUGAAUAUCUCGCCAUCCCGUAUCGUGCUCGUGGGCGACUCAUCCGGAGCUACCAUGGCCAUGGCUCUAUUGCGUCACCUCGCCUCGUUCCAGCAGGAGAGCGGCCAUGAGCUUGCAGAGCUGCCCCCGCCCCGGGCGUGUCUGCUGUUUUCGCCCUCCGUUGAGUACAGCUUCGAGGGCGAUUCGCAGGCUAUGAACGCCCAUCGGAACCUGCGGACUGACUACUGUGAAGGGAAGAUGGCCGCGUGGGGUGCGCGUGCUUUUGCCCCGCCAGAGUCGGUGCGUCUGGAUGAUCCGUACCUAUCACCGGCGUUGCAUCCGUUUGCGACGCCUGUUCCCAUCUUUGCCCAGGUUGGAGGUGCGGAGGUGUUGUGUGAUAGUGUCCGGGGGUUUGCGGAUGCGAUGGGCGCUGUUCCAGGCAACAUUGUCGAGUAUCUGGAGGUGCCGGGGUUGCCGCAUGAUAUUUAUAUGAUGGGACAUAUCCUUGGGUGGCAGGAGGAGCAGGAGGAGAUGAUAGAGGCAGCUGCACGGUUUGUUCGGGGAGUCUAG